CAAAGCGACAAGUGGAUCAGUCAUUUGACGGCUGACAUUGGACGAGGCAGGUCGUGUUUUGAUCGCUCUCGGAAAAAAAAACGCCGGAUCAACGUAUAAACUACUCUUAUCAAUCUAGAAAUAUGGAAGAUAUAAAAACUGAGGACAUCGCUGCAAGAAUUCAACUUGAACAGCUGAGAAUAAUGGCUGACAACUGGGAAUCGAUGGAUGACUUCGGAAACGGUGAAGCUUUGCAAAGCGUUCCUGAACAAGACCCACCAAUGCCAUUUUUGCAUGGAUCUAGUAAUAUGAUCGGGUAUCCAACCCUUGGAUCUUCACCAAACUGGAUGAAUCUGUGUCACAUAAAUGAACUUUCAACUGCUCCGGCCAUCAGUGAAGCGAGCAGUCCGUAUGUGUCAUCUGAAUUGAGUCCAGCACCGUCUUCAGUGGAGUCUUUUGCUUUCACAGACUACGAAAAUUACGGACCUCUGGACAUGGCCAACCAUUCUGAUGAAAGUGUUGAGAAUUUCAGGAAAAUUAUUACCCGACUUGGCGUGACAGAGAAAAAAAUCCAAGAUUUUGGGGUGAAAGAACUCAACAGGUUUUUAAAAUCCAAUGGAUUAACAAAAGAAGAGCAGAAGUGCUUGAAAAACCGACGAAGAACUUUGAAGAACAGGGGAUAUGCCCAAAAUUGCAGAAUUAAAAGAAUUCGAGUCAAGAAAUCCCUCGAAACGGAAAAUGAAGAUCUGCGAAAAGAGAUUGAUGACCUGAAAUCAAGCUUGGAUAGAGCAAAGAAGGAAAGGGAUGCGUAUAAACGACGUCUAGAAGAUAUCAUCAAGUUUUUCAAAGACCACAAGAAGAGCAAAGUGGUUUAAAUUGUACGAAAGUGAAAUUCAAUGACUUACUGAGGAGUAUAAAAAUACUAUGACCGUCUCGUAAACGAAAACGUUCGACUCACAGCGGCUUCAUAAGCUGAAUCUACGCUUUAAUCGUCACCAAGGGACUCAAUGAUCAUUUCAUUGUUGUAGUUAUGAGCUUUUUCCUGUAAAUUAGUUUAUAGACAACAUUGCUGAAAUGUACACUGUCGCGCCAAUCGAACGUUUGAUCGACGUUCACUGAACGUAAAAUUGUGUGACACAACACGCUCGGGCAUGCUUGUCAAAACAAUUGGCUAAUUUGCAUAUUGCCCUCGAGACUAAAAAUUACUGUAAUCAUUUGAGCACUCGUUUUUGAAAAAAUACAAGAACAAAAUCAAACAAAAAAACGAAAAUUCAAUUUUUACAAAAAUUUCGAAUAAAAACUACGAAAUUUUGAAAAGAACAAAAAUAUUGAAGUUCUUUCUUUUUAAUUGACCUUCAUAUAUUCUUAUCAAAAAGGUCACUUCAUAGUUUAUAUGACCACAAAAACAUUCAUUUUUCUCAAAAAGAAAAAAAAUAACAACACAUUUGUAAAAUAGUUUUAAGUAUAGCAAACCAGUUAUUUAACUCUAACGCGAUUAUAGUAAAAAGAUUGUUGUAAAUAUACACCAUGUUUAUGUAAUUAUUGUUUGUCACAUUCACUAAAUUAAACUCAUUAGAUAUUGUA